UUUCAUUCUAUUCGAUUCAACCGGCGAUUUCGCUCGAGAGAGCCAUCACUAGUUAUGGAUUCAACUUGUCAAAAUUCCGAUUUCAAUGUUAAAUACUUGCUUGGCCAGUUGAAUACUGCCAGAAAAGAAAUUAAUAACUUGAGACAACAAAUAAAAACUCUUCGUUACAUACAUGAGAAGGAUGUCAAUACAAUAAAGCAUCUGUUGGAAUCGUACAGAAAGGGAGCAUCUAUAUCCGAAGCAAAAGUCAUAUCCGAUGAUGUGAAACCUAGCACUAGCGCAGACGACGAUACAGUGAAAUUAAAACCAAUCGGGGUAGUAUCUACUUGGUUUCCAUGUAAACGUGGUACUCCCAGACAGCCUGGAAUUUGCGCAAAGGUACCGGGAAAGUUAUUGCUAUACAACUCUAUAUAUACCAAUCCAGAUCACGCACUGGAAGGAUUACAAGAUUUUUCGCACAUGUGGGUCUUGUUCUACUUUCACAAAAACGAUGCGACGCAUGUUCGUGCAAAGGUUGCACCACCAAGAUUAAAUGGUACAAAAACUGGAGUGUUCUCUACCCGAUCUCCUCACCGUCCCUGUCCCAUUGGUCUAAGUUUAGUAAAGAUUACAAGAAUAGAGAACCAUGCCAUUUACUUUGAAGGUGUGGAUAUGGUGGAUCAAUCGCCCGUAUUAGAUAUAAAACCUUAUAUACCACAGUACGACAGUCCGAUAGGUUUUGAGAAGUUAAAUAACAGGUCACACGAAUCUGACGUGGAUAAUACGUUCGUAUGUAUAGAAGAAAAUACCGAUUUAAGCCGAAAUCAAACCUGUGGUACCUUCGACGCUAACAUCAAUUUUGGCGACGAGACGGGAGGUUUACUUUCAGAUUCUUAUUAUAGAAAAAAUACCAACGAAAUGAGUCAAGAGGCAGAUAUUUCAGGAGACGAAGAAAUUGCUUUAAGAUUGCAAGCGGAGGAGUUUCAGAGGAGCUCGAAUUUUGAAAAUUACAACAGCGCGAGACACUUUUCCGAAUUGACCGAUAUAAACGUACACAAUAACAGCACGUUUCAACAUAGCGUGGACGUAACUGGAAUACAUCGAGCAUUCUACGCGUUUUCCGAUACUUCGUCCGAUGCUAGGUCUAACUUGAGCAUAUCCACGGGACAUAACGCGCUUUCUGUUAAUAUGGAGCAACAAUCGGAAAGUUUAGUAGACGUAAGCAAUAGAUUACAAAAUACCAACAUAGGCGGUCCUACUAGCGUCGAGCCAUUGUAUACGUCGAGAACUAUGGUGUCUAAUUACAUAGAGGCACACGCUUCUCGCUCCAGGCUCUUAGACGGAGCGGAUGGACCAAGUACAGUAUGUGGUACCGAUUUAGAUUUAAUUCAAAGACGUUCGUUAAACGCGAGAGUUGACAAUUCACCGAUAAGAAUGGGAAUUCGCGAGGCUCCCGACGGAGAGGAGGGUCUGGAAUCGCAAACGCUUGCUCCGUCGCAAGCCUUGCCCAACGUCGAAGCGGCAAGGCCUGCAUCGAACACCAACGCUGAUACGAAUUCGACGCUAUCUUCGGAAUCGCGAAACUUUGAAAAUAGGGACCUAGAAGCUAAUUCAGAAGUUCGAGUUCCAGAAUGGAUAUCGAGACCUCGAACUCCCCUGUGCGUGAUAUUCAACGAUCGAGCGCUUAUUCAAUUAAACGAAAUAUUAGGUACUAAGAUCAACGACCAAAAGGUAGCGAUCGAGAAUAUAUUACGCGAGGAUCCUAGAUCGGUGUAUCUCAGACAGAGAUGGGGUAGCCAAUUUUAUACUUUCCUGAUUCAUGAUUUACACAUCACUUGUAGAUUCGACGAUAACAGGGGUGUAAUCACGGUUUUUCAUGUUAGACACGCUGGUCGUAUCUGCGAAUGUGGGGAACCCGAAUGGCAAUGCUUGGGUCAUUCGCCACCUCCGUUUUAAUGUAUGUGUGUUUAAAGUAUGCGUCUAUGUAACUAAUAAUUUUAGUUAAUCGUACUUCUAGAUUUGUCAAUAAUAUUGUAAGAAAUGUGCGUUCUUAAUUUAUACGAUAGGGUGUAUCAUAUUACAUGCGUAAUCAUUCCGUAAUUGAUCUUUCCUUUUGCUACUCGAAAGGAAACUAUGUAUCGAUAUUGUUACGUGCAAUAUAUUCUAAAUAGUUUCUCGCAACUGACCAACUAACGAUACGUUUUUUAGACUAUUUCAAUAUUCAUUCUUCCGUGACUGUGUUUUAUACGAAGCAUUCGUGAUUUUGUAAAGGAUUUAUAUUCUUGUUAUGUUUUUUUUGGACUCCAAUCUGUCGUUCGAACAACAUCCUAACACAGAGUACGUAGAAACUAGUCAAACUUUCCGUGAGUGUGUCAGGAUUUAUCUUUAAAAGAUUCGAUUCUUAGCCUUAAGAAUGUUUACGAAUUUUAGAAAUAUAUACAUGUUCCUUUUCUUCCUCUGA